UCAUAAUUCUGGGAACGAAACAAAAUUAGGUGACAAACAAACUGAAAUAUUUAGAAUCGGAAAUUAUUCGUGGAGAUAAUUAUUAAUAAUAGAACCAAUAUUUAAAACGCUAUAUGUGCAAACACUUUUUACAUUGCAAAUUUGUCCACUGUAAAUUAUGAAAACAACUGUCAAAAAAUAAAUUUCUAGCUGACCAAAAUUUCCUGUUUAGUUUUAGUUUUCCGGAUUAACUUGAUAUAUCAUAUUUGACACAGUACAAAUUGAAUAUCAGUAACGAAGCAUAUUUCGAAAAUAUGGAAGAUAAUCUUUGAGCUUGGUUUUUCGUCUGUUUUUUUGAAAUAUUUACUUAUAUUGUGCAAAAUUGUUGGUUAUGAAAUAGCCUCUAUUAAAAUGAACGAGGAUAUAGAUCAGCAAAAUGAACAGUCAUCUUUUCAAUCCAGUGACCCUCCAGUUAGACAGAGUGAUUCCGGAAGGUACUGUUGGGUGUGUUUUGCCACCGAAGAAGAAGACAGAGAAGCAUCUUGGGUACAGCCAUGCAACUGUCGGGGUACUACAAAAUGGGUUCACCAGUCUUGUCUUCAGCGGUGGGUGGAUGAAAAACAAAAAGGAGGAAAUAUGGGAAAGGUGACAUGCCCGCAAUGUCAGACAGAAUACAUAAUAGUUUUCCCAAAUAUGGGAAUGCUUGUACUUAUCCUGGAUACUGUUGAUGGCAUUAUUUACAAAGGAUGUCCAUUUAUGGCAGCAGGAAUUGUUGUUGGGGCAGUCUAUUGGUGUGCUGUUACUUAUGGCGCAAUUACUGUAAUGCAGGUUAUAGGUCAAAAAGAAGGACUAUCUGUUAUGGAACAAGCUGAUCCAUUGAUAUUAUUAGUAGGACUUCCAGCCAUUCCAGUUGCUCUUUUAUUGGGUAAAAUGAUCCGUUGGGAAGAUGCUGUGUUGAACUUUAUGAGGAGAAAGUUAAAGAAAGUGCCUAUUAUUAGAUAUGUUGUGCCAUUUAGCAUUGAUACAGCUUUGAAUGCAGAUGCUCAAGCAACAACGGAAAAUGAUCUUCCUCCAUUAUCUACUCCCAUAUCUGCUACAAGAGUUUUAUGUGGAGCCCUUUUAAUGCCGACUAUAGCUAGUCUCUUUGGAAAGAUAUUUUUUGACUCAGUAAAGUCAAAUUUUCACAAAACCAUUUUAGGCGGAUUGGCGUUUGUUGCACUAAAAGGGUGUCUGAAAAUAUAUCAUAAACAACAACAGUAUAUAAGGCAAUGUCAACGUAAAAUUUUAGACUAUACAGAAUCAAAUAUUUCUGCGUAUAUACAUAACAGAGAAAGCGAAUAAUUUCAACUAAUUAUAACAUUGCUGAUAUAUAUACAUAUUUUGUUAAAUGUUGCGAUAUUUUUUGUGUUAAAUUUUUUAGUAUUAGGUCAAAUCAAUUAAUUUUUUGAAGAAAUUUUUACUGUUUUAAAUAAAUUGUCAACUUCAGUGGUA